AUGGCGUCAACGAACUCCGGAAUCACCACUGACGCUGCGACCGGCGAGCGCUACAUCCCCUCCUCGCUGCGUGCGGAUGGUUCCAAGCGUCGCGAAAUUCGUGUCCGCCCCGGCUACCGUCCUCCCGAGGAUGUCGAGCUCUACAAGAACCGUGCUGCAGAGGCAUGGAAGAAUCGUGGGAAGGCGGGGGUGGUGCCCGGUGCGGAAGCGUUGAACACCGACGAUGCCACCUCCAAGGCCGCCAGCGCUUCGACCAACAAAAACGCGAAACGUCGGGAAGCCAAGAAGAAGGCAAAGGCGAACCAGGAUGGUCCCGGCUCGACGGAUACGAAGACUGGGAAGGACAGUGACAACUGGAGGGUUCCCGCCGAGAAGGCCUCAUCGAAUGGACCCGAGAAACCCACAGAAGACCCGGUGGACGCUGAGGCCGAGAAGGAGAAGAAGGCACGCAACCUGAAGAAAAAGCUGAGACAGGCUCGUGACUUGCGCGACAAGAAGAAUCAAGGAGAGGACUUGCUACCCGAGCAGUUCGAUAAGGUGAUCAAGAUUCAGGAACUCAUCCGCCAGCUGGAUGGGUUGGGAUUCGACUCGAAUGGGGACAAGAAGCAGGACGGGACCGCCAACGAGAAGGCCUGA